GAUGAUGCAAAGAUUAGCUGUAGCUGUAGCAGUCGCACGACAAAGAGUUGGUGCAUCACUACCACAAAGAACACCUGCUGCUUUCUUUUCAACCUCUAUGCUAUUCGAUGAAACACAAAUAAAAUUCAAAGAAGGUGUUCAGCAAUUUGCCCAAGACCAGAUUGCUCCCCAUGCAGAUAAAAUUGAUAAGAUGGAUUCUUUCCCAGAGGAUGUUAACUUAUGGAAACUAAUGGGGGACUUCAAUCUUCAUGGACUUACUGCUCCAGCGGAAUAUGGAGGACUAGACGUUGGAUAUUUAUAUCAUUGCUUGGCGAUGGAGGAGAUUAGCCGUGCAUCAGCAUCAGUUGGGUUGUCGUAUGGUGUCCAUUCUAACGUCUGCCUUAGUCAGUUGGUGAGGCAUGGAAAUGCAACCCAGAAGGACAAAUAUUUGCGAAAGUUAAUCAGUGGAGAGCAUGUGGGAGCUCUUUCCAUCAGCGAGCCUGGUGCUGGGUCAGAUGCUGUUGGCAUCAAAUGCAAAGCUGAACGUGUGGAUGGUGGUUAUGUUCUAAACGGGAACAAGAUGUGGUGCUCCAAUGGUGGAAUUGCUGAUACCUUGGUGGUUUAUGCUAAAACAGAUGUUAAUGCUCGCUCCAAAGGGAUAACAGCAUUUAUUGUAGAGAAAGGGACGCCUGGAUUCAAUGCUGCCCAAAAAUUGGAUAAACUUGGAAUGCGUGGAAGUGGGACAUACGAGCUUGUGUUUGAGAAUUGCUUCGUUCCUAAAGAGAAUAUUCUUGGUGAAGAGGGAAAAGGAGUUUAUAUCAUGAUGUCGGGUUUAGAUUUAGAGAGACUGGUACUUGCAGCUGGACCAAUUGGGAUAAUGCAGGCAUGUCUAGAUGUUGCUCUUCCUUAUGUCCGCCAAAGAGAACAAUUUGGGCGCCCCAUUGGGGAGUUUCAACUUAUGCAGGGAAAAAUUGCAGACAUGUAUGCUUCUUUGCAGUCUUCCAGAUCAUAUGUAUAUUCUGUUGCAAGGGACUGUGACAAUGGGAAGGUCAUUUCAAAGGACUGUGCUGGAGUUAUACUUGUUGCUGCUGAAAAUGCUACUCAAGUUGCUCUACAGGCUAUUCAAUGCUUAGGUGGGAAUGGGUAUAUGAAUGAGUACCCAACGGGCCGAUAUCUUCGUGAUGCCAAAUUGUAUGAGAUUGCUGCCGGAACUAGCGAGAUUAGAAGAAUGCUUAUGGGUCGCGAACUCUUCAAGGACCAAUGAUAUAUAACCAAGUUUAUUAAAU